GGUGCGCCUUCCGUUUAGUUAAAGUUGUUAAACUGUGCGAUUUGGUGAUGCCGCAGCGAAAUCAAUCCACCUAAAUUUUUUGCUGCAUGGAUUGUAUCGACACCCCUCUUUUAAUUCAGAAUAAAAUGUGAAGAGGGUGAUUUGUUUGGACAAUCCAUUCCUCGUCCGCGGUUCCCGUCUUUUGGGGUUGCUGAAUCGGACCACGACUGUCGAAGAUGCUGCAAGCCCUCGCCUCGGCUUCGCCCGCGCACGUGACCAUCCAUCUGCCCCGUGCCAGCGCCGCUUCGCUCCCUCUUCGUCGCCCUGCGCCGGCCUUCCCGGUCUCCCAGCCGACGCCGACGUGCCUCCGGCCGCUGUCCAUCGUGAGGGGCCGAUGCGCGCCGUCUUCAUUUCUUGAUCUCAAAGGUGGCACAGGAAUGAGUGGGUUCAUUGAUGUGGAGCUCAAGGUCCGUGACUAUGAAUUGGAUCAGUAUGGUGUGGUGAACAAUGCAGUCUACGCGAGCUACUGUCAACAUGGUCGACACGAGCUUCUGGAAAUAAUCGGUAUAAGUGCUGAUGCUGUGGCCAGAAAUGGUAAUGCACUGGCAUUAUCAGAGUUGUCGCUCAAAUUUCUUGCUCCCCUAAGGAGUGGGGACAGGUUCGUUGUAAAGGUGAGGGUCUCUAACUCAUCGGCUGCUCGCUUAUACUUUGAUCACUUUAUUUUCAGGCUGCCAAACAACGAGCCCAUUUUGGAAGCAAAGGCUACGGCUGUUUGGCUUGACAAGAACUAUCGUCCUAUCCGUAUUCCACCAGAAAUUAGAUCUAAGUUUGUCCAAUUCAUUCGUCAUGAGGAGGCCAACUGAUGUGCAGAAGAAGCUGGCGAUAGAAUACUUGGUUAAAGAACCCUCCCUUUUGCUGAGACCCCUCGUUUGAGCCCAAAACAUGAAGAUAGACAGAGAAGGGAAAGAAAAAAGCUACUAAAAUUACUUUUAGGAUAGACAUCCACGAGAAAGAAUCUUUGAACAUGUCAAUUGAGCUCUUUCCUGCCACAUAAGCAGCUCAUAGAGUUCAAUUAUGUUCGGAGCACAUGAUCUAGUCCUUCAUUCUGAACUCGUGUAGUUGGGCAUCUGCGGGAAUCUACCAAUUAUCUAUGAAAUACGUCUCUCUUACUGUAUACAGUAUCUGUUCAUCAAAUGACACAUGAGGGAAUAUCUAACUAUCUGCU